ACACAGCUACAUUGACGUUAUUAUUAUAACCCUACAGUUGUUUUCUUUGAUUUAAGGAAUAAUACGCACACCAGCAAUAAGAUAUUAUGUGAAGUAAGUGGUCUACUAGUCCGAUUUUGCAUUCGACUUGUACUUUGGUUCAACGCGACGAUUUUAACUCGGAAGAUGAUUUCCCCAACUCUUUAUAUCACCUUCCUGGGUGUUUUAUUUGCAUCUGGAGCAAUGGGUCAAUCAUAUGAGAACAAUCGCUGUAGAUGUGUUUGCCCCAGCAUGUCUACAGUGACAAAUAGUACUUUAAGAAGUCAUCAGACCAAAAUACUACACAUUGCAAAUGUUCAACCUCACCAAUGUAAAUGUGAGUCAGUGAUUCUUCCUAAUAUUAUUGAUCAUAUCCAGGGAAAAGGGCCGGAGUUUUGCCAGAGAUGUGAAUGCAAAUAUGAGGCGCGCAACACCAAUAUAAUCAAGUUUGUUGUUAUUAUUGUAAUUUGGGUCAUUUCCAUCCUGGUAAUCUACAUGGCUUUCCUGAUUAUUUUGGAUCCACUGCUCAAUAAAAGGAAUAAAGGUAGCUAUCAGGAGCACACCAAUGAAGAAGAUGAGAGUGCAGCUGGGGUGAGUGGACCUGGCAUGUCACAUAAUAUGAGCGUCAGAGGCAAUGUUUUGAAUCGCGUUGGGCAUCAGCAGGAUAAAUGGAAGCGCCAGGUGAAAGAACAGCGACGUAAUAUUUAUGAUAGGCAUACUAUGCUUAAUUGAAACUCUUAUAUGCAAUACAUUAAAAAUAUGUAACAUAACUUAUUCCUUUAAACAUUUAAAUAAUUGUAAUACAUGGUAUAGUCGUAAAACAAGAGUUAUUCGUUGUUUUGUGAUAAUUUUAUUUACUCUGUAAACACUUAUUUUCUUGUUUCAUUCUCAUGUUAAAGUGUUGGGAGACAAGUAUAUAUCAAUUGUAAAAGUAA